AUGCUCAUCUCUUUCAUUUUAGAAACAAAUCUGAAAAGGUCCUUUCUGAAAGCUUUCGCAUAUUCCUUCCCUUGCCCACUCUUCCCCUCUAUCCCCUACCCUCCCCCCCUCUCCCGUGAACUCAGUCAACCGUUUUCUUCUGUAGAGGAGGGAUUGUGUUGGAUUGUUCGAUGUGGUGGUGGUGGCGGUGGACAGUCGUCGGACAUGCGUGGUUUCAACUGGCUACUAGCACGCCCACCUGAGGACCGGGCAUUCAUGCUCUUUCCACGGUUACUCAUAACCGCUCUGCUACCAUUGUCAGGUAAGUCUUACCGUGUCCUUCUACCUUUUGAUACAACGUUUCUCAUUGAAACUGGUAGUUCACGCGGCAGCGUGUGGUCCACCCGAGCUAUCGUGGCCGCCCUUCAUGGGCACGAAGCAUGA